AUGGCAUGGCAAUCGCGUAGGGGAAGCUCACUGAAUAUGCUGGCUUUUGUGAAGAUACUUAAGAAAUUCGACAAGGUAUCGAACCAGCAGACAUCAUCAAGCUACCUGAAAAUGGUAAAGAGAUCACACUUCAUUAGUUCUGAUAAGGUGGUUAGACUAAUGGACGAAGUGGAGUCAUUAUUCACAAAGCACUUCGCCAACAAUGACAGGAAGAGGGCAAUGAAGUUCUUAAGACCACAAGAGCAUAAAGAUUCUCACAUGGUCACAUUUUUUGUUGGAUUGUUUACAGGUUGCUUUGUAAGUCUGUUUAGUAUAUACGCAAUCUUGGCACACUUGAGUGGCAUGCUCUCCCCAAGAACAGAAUCAGCCUACAUGGAAACCGUCUAUCCUGUUUUCAGCAUGUUUGCAUUGCUAAGCUUGCACUUGUUCAUGUAUGGGUGCAAUCUGUUCAUGUGGAAGACCACAAGGAUCAACUACAACUUCAUCUUUGAAUUCAAACCCUACAGUGCCCUCAAGUGUAGAGAUGCCUUCCUCAUUUGCACCUCCUUGAUGACUGCAGUUGUAGGAGCCAUGGUCAUCCACCUUAUCUUACUUUCCCGCGGCUAUUCGCCUAGCCAAGUCGAUGCGAUUCCGGGGAUCUUACUUCUGGUUUUCAUAGCAUUGCUCGUAUGUCCAUUGAAAAUCUUCUAUCGCUCAACUCGCUAUUGUUUCAUCAAAGUAAUACGUAACAUAAUCUGCUCCCCAUUUUAUAAGGUUUUGAUGGUGGACUUUUUCAUGGCUGACCAACUAACUAGUCAGAUUCCAUUGCUGAGGCACUUGGAAUCCACAGCUUGCUACUUCCUUGCUGGAAGCUUCAAAACACACACAUAUGAGACCUGCAAGUCUGGAAAGCUUUACAGAGAGCUCGCUUAUGUCAUCUCUUUUGCACCAUAUUAUUGGCGUGCCAUGCAGUGUGCAAGAAGAUGGUUCGAUGAGUCUGACAUUAAUCAUUUGGCUAACCUGGGGAAGUAUGUUUCGGCCAUGGUGGCAGCUGGUGCCAGGAUAACAUAUGCCCGGCAGCCAACAGAGUUAUGGCUGAUAGUAGUCCUGGUGACCUCGACGGCAGCCACUGUCUAUCAAUUGUACUGGGAUUUUGUUAAGGACUGGGGACUUUUCAACACAAGAUCCAAAAACCCAGGCCUAAGAGACGAUCUGGUUUUGAAGAACAAAAGCUUCUACUACUUGUCUGUUGCCUUAAAUUUUGUUCUAAGAAUUGCUUGGGUGGAGACUGUGAUGCGAUUCAACAUUGGAGUGUUUGAGUCGCGGUUGUUAGAUUUUUUCCUGGCAUCACUGGAAGUUAUCAGACGUGGGCAUUGGAAUUUCUACAGGUUGGAGAAUGAACAUUUGAACAAUGUUGGCAAGUUUAGGGCAGUGAAGGCAGUUCCUUUACCCUUCCGUGAGACAGAUUCCGACUGA